UCUGGCCGCGGCCGGCGGCGCCGCCUCCUCGUCGGGCCGGGCACGGCGGGCCGGGGCCUUUGUGUGAGGCGGCGGCGGCGAUGGUGCUCGAGCCCCGCGGAGCCGGAUUAACCGUGCUGAUAAGGAGGCAACGUCAUAGGAGCUGCUAAGAUGGGCAUGAGGAUCAAACUGCAAAGCACCAACCACCCCAACAACCUGCUGAAGGAACUCAACAAGUGCCGGCUCUCCGAGACCAUGUGUGAUGUCACCAUCGUAGUGGGGAGCCGCUCCUUCCCAGCCCACAAAGCCGUGCUGGCCUGUGCAGCUGGCUACUUCCAGAACCUCUUCCUGAACACUGGGCUUGAUGCUGCCAGGACCUAUGUGGUGGACUUCAUCACCCCCGCCAACUUUGAGAAGAUUCUGAGCUUUGUCUACACGUCAGAGCUCUUCACGGACCUGAUCAACGUUGGGGUCAUUUACGAGGUAGCUGAGCGUCUGGGUAUGGAGGAUCUCCUCCGGGCCUGUCACUCCACCUUUCCUGACCUGGAGAGCAGUGCUGUGGCCAAGCCCCUGACCAGCACCAGUGAGAGCCACUCCAGCACCCUGAGUUGUAGCUCAGCAGAACCAGCCCAUCCCCUUGGAGAACUCCGGGGUGCGGGGGAGCACUUUGGUCCUGAUCGAAACUAUGCAUUGCCUAGUGAUGCUGGAGGAAACUAUAAAGAGGAAGAGAGAAACGUUACCGGUGACACUAACCAUAGCCUGCCUCUGCCGCAGCAGCCACUGCCGCCAAAGACAGAAGACCAUGAUGCCCCUGCUCCGUUCACGCCCGUUCCCAGUGUGGUGACCCAGCCAGUCCUAGGCACUGUCAGCAUGGGCGUCCAAACCAGCACAAGCUCAUGCCAGCCAUACAAAGUCCAGAGCAAUGGAGACUUCAGUAAAAACAGUUUCUUCACCCCUGACAAUGCAAUAGACAUCACCACUGGGACCAACUCCUGUCUGAGCAAUAGCGACCACUCCAAAGACCCGAGCUUUGGGCAGAUGGAUGAGCUCCAGCUGGAGGACCUGGGGGAUGAUGACUUGCAGUUUGAAGACCCCACCGAGGAGAUAGGCACAGCUGAGGAGGUGAUUGAGUUGAGUGAUGACAGUGAGGACGAGCUGACUUUUGGAGAGAGUGACAACCGAGAGAAUAAGGCCAUGCCCUGCCAGGUAUGCAAGAAAGUUCUAGAGCCCAACAUUCAACUGAUCCGACAGCAUGCUCGGGACCAUGUGGACCUGCUGACCGGCAACUGCAAGGUCUGUGAGACCCACUUCCAGGACCGAAACUCCCGGGUGACCCAUGUUCUGUCCCACAUUGGUAUUUUCCUCUUCUCCUGCGACAUGUGUGAAACUAAGUUCUUUACCCAGUGGCAGCUGACUCUCCACCGACGGGAUGGAAUAUUUGAGAACAACAUCAUCGUCCACCCCAACGACCCCCUGCCUGGGAAGCUGGGUCUCUUUUCAGGGGCAGCCUCCGCAGAGCUGCAGUGUGCCGCCUGCGGGAAGGCAUUGGCCAAAGAUUUCCACGUGGUCCGGGGCCACAUCCUUGACCAUCUGAACCUGAAGGGCCAGGCCUGCAGCGUCUGUGACCAGCGCCACCUCAACCUCUGCAGCCUCAUGUGGCACACACUCUCCCAUCUCGGCAUCUCAGUCUUCUCCUGCUCUGUCUGUGCGAACAGCUUUGUGGACUGGCCUCUCCUGGAGAAGCACAUGGCUGUGCACCAAAGCCUGGAAGACGCCCUCUUCCACUGCCACUUGUGCAGCCAGAGCUUCAAGUCAGAGGCUGCCUAUCGCUACCACGUCAGCCAGCACAAAUGCAACAGUGGCCUUGACACACGGCCUGGUUUUGGGCUACAGCACCCAGCUCUCCAGAAGCGGAAGCUGCCGGCUGAGGAGUUCCUGAAUGAGGAGCUGGUGCUGCAGGGCCAACCCGGGAAUAGCAAGUAUAGCUGCAAGGUGUGUGGCAAAAGGUUUGCCCACACGAGUGAGUUCAACUACCACCGGCGGAUCCACACGGGCGAGAAGCCGUACCAGUGUAAGGUGUGCCACAAGUUCUUCCGAGGCCGCUCGACCAUCAAGUGCCACCUGAAGACGCACUCGGGGGCCCUCAUGUAUCGCUGCACGGUCUGUGGCCACUACAGCUCCACCCUUAACCUCAUGAGCAAGCACGUCGGCGUGCACAAAGGCAGCCUCCCGCCUGACUUCACCAUUGAGCAGACCUUCAUGUACAUUAUCCAUUCCAAAGAGGCCGAAAAGAACCUGGACAGCUGACUGGCUCCCAGCAGAGCCAGGGGGAGCUCCCAGGCAGCAGCCAGGACGUUGGUUUUCUAAUGGCUGUUGGUCCCUCCCCAGCCGAAGUUACAGUUUUGCCUUGCUAGGAGUUCUGUCCUGUCCUGUGUUGAAGAAGAAGAAAGAAGAAAUAGCACAUGAACACUGUUACUGUUUUUGAGAAGCAGGCCCUAUCAUGUUUACCUCCUUACCUGUUCUUGCCCAUGGAGGGCUGUGUUUUUGAUUCUUUUGAGGCUGGUUUUGGGAUCUCGUCAGGCAGUUGGUGUCAACUAGAUCCCCUUCCCCAGCCGCUCGAGUUUUAGUUUACUGAUAGGUUUUAUGCUGCUAAGAAUCCAACCAACAGCCUCACUGAACGGAGGAGGUGGAGAGAGGUUUUCACCGUGGGUAUUACUGCCAGACCUCCAACCGGGACAACCAGCUAUGAGAGAGAUUUUGGGAAUGUGGUCAUUCAGAAAAGACUAGUCAGCAGGGCAGCUCACCUCAGGUGCCAGUCCCAGCCCUCAGCAGGGGAAAGGUGUCAGGGAUGGAGGGUCCUGCUUGUUCCAUGGCUCUAAUCUGCAGAUUGGACAGUAAAAUCUCUUGGCAGCUAGAUCCAAACUGGGGACAAAGCUUUCUGUUUAGGUCAGAAGGCUUUGGGAUGAAUCCUUGCCAGCCAGAAGAGGUGUCCUGCAGUGCUGCCGGAAGUGGCAGCCUGGAUGGACAGGAAGGGAGGUUUCUCUUUUCUCCUCAAUUCCAAAGAAACACGAUUUUAUGAAGUGAUGGCCCAGGACGUCAGGCCUUCCCUGUGGGCAGAAAGGACAGGGAGCCACUUUGGUGUAAUCCUCUGUCAUCUGGCCACGUCCAUCGACCUUGAGUUUCCUGGUGGAGAGGUGGGGAUGUCUCUGAAGCAGCAGCCUUGCCUUAAUUUACAUCCAGUCUCCCACCUAGAAGUGUGUUUGGCCUGUAGUGUAGAUGAGAAGACCCCAUGAGGUGGAGUGGUGGACUGUGAGCCCUUCAGGAUUAAAGGGACCCGAGUAACUGGUGGUUUGUAGCGGGAUGUGUGUCUGUCUGUCCCAGUCAGGUAACCUGUUUACUUUGUGCUAACUGGGCCUGAGCUUUGGCAGCUCACCUUUGACCUGCUGGAAUUUAUCCUGAUCUGUCAUUGCGUCGCCACCAGGGGGCGCUAUUGACCAGCAGCUGGUUCAGGCCCUCCCUAGGUGACUUGGGAAUGGGUCUGCCCAGUCCUGGGGUGCUGGUCGGCUCCAUUCUUAGUUGCCUUUUUGAGGGGGUCUUACCCAAAGAAGGCUUGAGGGAGAGGGCCCUCGGAUCUCGCAUCUCACAAGGUGGCACCUCAGUAACCCAUACUACCUCACCUGCUCAGGCGAGCUCUGGGGGUCCCUGGCCUCGGCCCUGAUACAGCCCCUCGUGGGACUCAGCAGCACCCCAGGCUGUUUUACAAGCAAGUGGUUUUAAUUAACUCACAAGGCCUUUUUGGACAUUAAUAUUUAUUUAUUUUUGUUUUUGUAUACAUAUUACCCAGCAUCUCUUGGAUAAGAGACUUAGGAAAAUGAGCUUCUCCCCAGCAAGUAGCCAUAUUCCAGGGGACAAUCCUGGCCAGAUAUUUGGGAAACAGGGGCUAAAACUAGGGGAGAACAGGUCAAGCCUUUAAACAAGCAAAUUCUUUUCUUUCUCUCCAGAGAGUCUCUUGCAAAAUAGACCCAGGGAACCAUUUAGGUAAUGGAUGUAAAUUCUAGAAAGUUGAGGCUUGUUAAAUCCCUAGGCCUUCCAUCCCCUUUCCAUCCUGUGAUUGAGUAGGUUGGGGACUGGGUUGAGGGGAUCAAGUCACAUGAAGGACCUUUUUGCAUAUUUUCUCAUCCUUCCUAAAGUUGGGAAGCUAUAAUACGACAUACAAGUAAACCAAAGCUCCGUCCCUGUUGGACCUGCUGCCUCUCUCCCCAGCCCUAAACUGAUAAAGCCUCCGCGUUUGUGCGCAUGGCUAUCUGGUGGGGUGACCAUUACAUGAAGGGACUUGUCAAGUGGCCACCUUUCACCAUCUGAAUCCAACUAGUUAAAUGUUCCCUUGGGACAUUCUUGUCAGAAAGCAGUGCUGAGACUUUUCUUCCCUGACUGACUGCUCCCUUUCUUCCCACGCUGACCAUUAGACGAUUAAGAAGGAAGGUGUGUAAAAGACUACAGUCACCUAUCUGCUAAGCUUUUCAAGCCUGAGUGGUUUCUCCCAGAUUGUUGGGGAGGACUGAGUUUUGAAGGGCUGGAUUUGAGAGUGGGGAUACUCACUGGAACCCAGCCAGGUAGCUGAGAAUGGAUCAAUAUGCUGGAGAAACCCUCUUCCUUAACAGAGGAUAUCAUGGUUGCUGGGUAGUCUGUAUACGUAACCUGAAACUGUGAAGUUUUCCCCUUUUGCCAGUAAACCAAAAAGCAAAUCCUUGAAACUUUGCCCCUGAAACACUAAACAAGAAACUGCACCCCCUGAUCCUCCUGAGGCGAAGUGGUCAGCCAGGGUGGCCUGGCUGGUUGCAGUCAGACAUGUAGUAGUAGCUCAUGACAUGUAGACAUGUCAGUAGCUCAUGAGGCUCAUUGACCAAACCCUGUUCCCCUGCGUGUCGCCCAUGUUCGCACCUCAACCCUUCCUCUGUUUGGAGUCAUGUUUGCUGCCUCUGCCACCAGCUCACCCUUUUCUGCACUGUUUUACUUGAAACACUAUAUUGUGGCAAAGGGUGCUCUAGGAUACCUGGUGGAAGGUAUUAAUUGUAUUUUGAAUUUAAAAUUUUUUCAACUGUUCAUUGGAUUUUGUUGCCCUCUCUGCCCUGGAGCCCAGUUUAGCACUGUCUCCUGCUGUAUUGUUCCAAAGUUCUGUUUGAUCCUUGAAUGUCUUUUCUUCUCCCUUUUCCCCCUUUUUCUUGUUCUGUACUCAGGACCAGCUACAUAAUUUACAGAGCCCAUUGUUUAAAAGUUAUUAAGAAUUUCAAGAUGGCGACUAGAGCAUUAAAGCAAACACGAGGCCAUUCCCAACUCUUUUCCUAAGGGAAAACGGUGAUACUCUAAUGGCACACUGUAAACAGCUGCUGUGGCCAGAGGAAGGGAUCAGUAUCCUGGUGCUCCUCUGGCCCAUCCACGGCUCACUGAUGCCACGGCACCUGCUGGGAAGCUCUGCUGUACCCUGGUAUUUGGUCCUAAAUUUUAAGACUCCGUGGAGUCUCUCUAGUUCAUGGCUAGUUGGGAAGAAAGGAGGUGGGGGUGGGGGUCAGGAAAUGGAUAAAAAUUCUUUCUGACUUUCUUCUGCUCUGUCAGUACCCUUUUGUCUCUAGGACAACCUUUGAGCUUAAAUACCUUCUCCCCAGUCAGGUUUUGCUGCUGGUGGAUUUUCUUCCUCUUCUGGCCACCUGCUGUGCCCUAGUCCCCAGACUACUCAACUUUGGAAGUGAAUUUAAAUUCCUUCAUAGAUGGGCAUGAAUUUGGUGGCAUGGAAGUGGGCUGUGUGGAGAAAUCUGCCCAUCUGGGAGUCCCCACGUGUCCUUUUCCCUAAGUCCUGCGCUGAAUGAAUCAGGAAGCAGGGCACACAGCGUUGAUUUCAGUGUGAUAACUCAUGGUAAACUUAACACCAGAAUGAAAAGGAAACUUUUACCUUGGAUGUUUCUUUAACACCCUUCCCCUGUCCAGUCCACCCUCCCCUCCCACCUCUACUAGCUAAAUCUCUUUUGAAACCAAGAAAAAUUGUUGACGUCUUAACUCCUUCCAUUAAAUUAAUAAGUACUGACCUCCUAAUAUUUAAGUGUUUACUAUCUAUUGCUGUAAAGUUUUGUAUAUUUUGUAAACUUUUUUUCCCAAAUAGUAGAUGUCUAAAAUCGUUGUACAUCUGAUUCUUUUAUAUUCCAUUGUUCGGCACAA